AUGGACGAUCUUAAGGUCGAGGUGCUCUUCGAGAACGGCGCCUAUUACGAGGGUUUUGUUACGGGUGUAAUGGAAAAUGAAGUUCUAGUUUCUUUCCCUAACGAUUGGUAUCCUGAAACUAAAUUCAAUUGUGACAAUGUUCGUCUUCCCUUGUCAGAUGAACAAUGCAGUACAGAGUUUAUUGAUAAUCAAGAAAUAGAAGUAAAAUCAGUCAGAGAACCUCAUCCUUGUUAUGGAUGGGUAAAAGCAGUGAUAAAAAUUAUCAGUGGUAACCCACCAUCCCAGUUUGUUGUCCAAUAUUUCAACACAACAGUUACAGAAAUAGUCUCUCCUGAUCGAGUCAGAUGCAGUAACAUAAAUUCUCACAUUAAUGGCGAUACAUUUUACAAGUUCGAUAUUGAUGUACCUGAAGAUGUUAGAGAAUCUGCUAAAAUAGAUGGUAUCCACAAAGAUCUGCAGAAAGCAAUUGGCGCAUCUCUAGUGUUAUAUAAUCCUGAUCAAUCAGUAUUGAGUGUUAUAUCUCGUUCACCAUUGACCAGUAAAAGAGCAUUGAUGUUAGCUGAUAUGCACUUCAGAAACCUGAACCAAAAGGUUAUGUUGCUUAAGAAGACUGAAGAGUUAGCCAGGCAACUGGAAAGUUCCAAGCUACAGAUAACAUCAUCAUCUUAUACUGAUGAAUUUAAUGUACGUGAUGACCUUAUGGGUUUGGCUAUUGGUGCUCAUGGCACUAAUAUCCAACAAGCUCGCAGGGUUGACGGUAUUACAAAUAUUGAAUUAGAUGAACAUACUGGCGUUUUUAAAAUUUAUGGAGAAAAUAAAGACGCUGUAAUGAAAGCUCGAGGAAUUCUAGAGUAUAGAGAAGAAUUUCUUCAAGUUCCAAGAGAUUUCAUUGGAAAAGUAAUUGGUAAAAAUGGUAGAAACAUCCAAGAUAUUGUUGACAAGAGCGGAGUGAUCAGAGUAAAAAUUGAAGGUGAUAAUGAGCCACAACCUACCAUUCCUCGUGAAGAGGGUCAAGUUCCUUUUGUGUUUGUUGGCACGGUAGAAAGCAUAUCUAAUGCUAAAGUUCUACUAGAAUAUCAUUUAGAACACCUUAAAGAACUUGAACAAAUUAGGCAAGAAAAAAUGGGAAUGGAGCAAGAGUUACGUAGUAUUCACAGUACUGGACCAGCUUCUUACCCCUUGGUUCAAAAUUAUACGAUGCAAAGGCGAAAUGACCGUAACUUUAAUGCUGACAGCGAAAACAUGAAUAAUGGCUUAGGUAACUCUAUGGGAAGAGGAAGUAGCAGACCUAGAGGUACCUCGGGCCGUGGUCGAGGUGGAAGACAUGAUUUUUAUACCAAUAGUGGUAGUAGUAGAAACCAACAUCCAGAUGGAGUUGAUGAUAGACUUCCGCCACCUCCCCAACGUACAAAUCAAUACCAGUACAACCGAUCAAGUGGUCAGGGAAACAACUUAUCCAGAGAACGUCGUGGUGGUAGUAGUAAUUCAGCUCCCAGAGGUUCCAGAGGUGGUGGAAACAGGAGAAUGGAUGAUAGAAGAAGAACUGCUGAUGAUGAGCAUACAGUUCUUGAUAACGCUCAAGACAGUGGUGAUAGAGAGUCUGUAUCUAGUGUGGACGCGCAAGCACCGAAGUCAAAAAGCAGUCAAAAACGAAGAAAUCGCGCCAUAGCUGCUGCUCAAGGUGAACCAUCAAUCAAUUCUAAUCCCAUUGGUAGUAAUAGUGACAAUGCUAAUGACUGGUCGUAUGACUUCACUAAUGAUAAUAAAAGUGAACCAAUCAGCACGUCUCAGACUACCAACAAUGGAAGUACUAAUAAUGGUAAUGCAAACAACGGAAACACCAAACCAGCUAAAACUCAAAAGUCCAAAGGUCAACAGAACAAGUCUCCUGCAAAGAACAAGUCCAACAGCACCACGACAUCAGCAGCUAAUGGACAGCAAGUCAUAGUAAAUGGCUCAUCAUCUGCACCUGAUGCCGAUUCUGCCUAA